AUGAAUGUUUGUGGCAAAAAUCUUGCUAGUAUGUUGAAAUACCAUUACGAUAAUACUGCUUUUUGCCAGUUGCGAUGCGCUGUUCACAUACUUAACCUUGCUGUUGUCAAUGGUCUUUCUGUAGUUGACGAAUCAACUAAAAAAGCACAAGAAUUUGCAAGUUGUAUCCAUCACUCUCAGCCCUGCCUUGAAGAAUUAAAAAAAAUUUUUGAAAUGAAGAGUCAACCAUUUUUAAUGCCCAAGCUUGACUGCGAAACUAGGUGGAACUCCUUGUAUUUAAUGUUAAAAAAAUUAAAUAAAAUAAAGGACAUGACAGAUAUAUUAGUGGUUUCAAAGCCAUAUCUUAAACAACAAUAUCUGACUGACCAAGAUUGGAAUAAUAUUAAAGUUGUAAUGCUACUAUUAGAACCCAUUUAUAAAGCCACCAACCUACUUUUUUCCUCGACCUACCCAACUAUUGGGGACGUGCGCACAGUUUUUUUUGUAAUUGUUUCACAUCUUACAAAAGCUAAAAAUGAAAUAAAUUCAAUAAAAUCGUAUAUGUCAGUAAAAAUUCUUGAAAAGCUUAACAAUUAUUGGAACGAAUUACAAUCUUCUCUCCUAGAAGUGGUAUUACUCGAUCCAUCAUCCAAAUUUUCUACCUUCUGUUCUGAUUCUGAAAGAGAUGGUGUCUGUCAAAUAAUUAAUAAAACUUAUGAAAGCUACGCCCCUCCUAAUAAAAAAAUAAAUGUGCAGGUUCUUGAAACUAGUCACUUAACUUCAGCUUGCGAUUAUUUUCGAAAUCAUCUAAAACGGUCUUAUAAUGAUAUGUCAAUUAGUUGUAAUAUAUUAGAUGAAUAUUUAAAUAUGCCUGAUGAAAAUGUGGAUGUCCUUGCAUUUUGGAAAUCAAAAUCUCUAAAUUCAAAGUAG